CCGCGCAGCGAGGCGCUAUCAUAUGAUCGGCAGAUGGCGGCGGGGGCGGUGGUGGUGUCGGCGAUGGGAGCUACGGCGGUGUUUUUGCUGUUCUGUUCCCCGGUUUUAGGGUUUCCCGCCGGGUAUUUCUCCGGCGACAGCGCGAGCUGUGGGUACAAGUCCUGCCCGGCGACGCGGCCUUCCAUGCUCAACGUCCACCUGGUGCCCCACACACACGAUGAUGUCGGCUGGCUCAAGACCGUGGACCAGUACUACUACGGAGACCGUAAUAACAUCCAGCACGCUGGCGUCCAGUACAUCUUGGACUCAGUGGUGGAGCAGCUGCAACUGGAUCCCGCCCGGCGCUUCAUCUACGUGGAGACGGGCUUCUUCUACCGAUGGUGGAAGCAGCAGAACAGCGCCACCCAGAGGGUGGUGACUCAGCUUGUCAAUGAGGGCCGCCUGGAGUUCAUCAACGGCGGCUGGUGCAUGAGUGAUGAGGCCACGACGCACUACAGUGCCGUCAUCGACCAGAUGACCCUGGGGCUGCGCUUCUUGAACGACACCUUCGGCGCCUGCGGCCGCCCCCGGGUCGCCUGGCACAUCGACCCGUUCGGACACGCGCGCGAGCACGCCUCUCUGUUCGCCCAGAUGGGCUACGACGGAUUGUUCUUUGGCCGCCUGGACUAUCAGGAUAAAGCUCGGAGAAUCAAGGACAAAGACAUGGAGAUGGUGUGGAGGGCCAGCGCCAGCCUGCUACCUCCAGCUGCGGACCUCUUCACUGGGGUCUUGCCCAAUGGGUACAACCCCCCACCGGGGUUCUGCUGGGACCAGUUGUGCAACGACCCGCCCAUCCGUGACGACCCUGACCUGGAAGAUUACAACGUGGACAGCGUGGUCAAGAACUUCCUGGAGAUCGCAAACAACCAGGCAUCGAUGUACAAGACCAACCACAUCAUCAUGACCAUGGGCUCCGACUUCCAGUAUGAGAACGCCAACAUGUGGUACAAGAACCUGGACAAACUGAUCCGCUACGUUAAUGCUCAGCAAUCCAAAGGCAGCCAAGUAAACUUGCUGUAUUCCACGCCGUCCUGCUACCUGCAGGAGCUGCACCGGGCCAACCUGAGCUGGUCUGUGAAGACUGACGACUUCUUCCCCUAUGCUGACGGGCCCCAUGACUUCUGGACAGGGUACUUCACCAGCCGGCCAGCACUGAAGCGAUACGAGAGGCUAACCAACAGCCUGCUGCAGGUCUGCAAUCAGCUGGAAGUCCUUGGUGGGCCGGAGUCCAGGAGAGGUCCCCACGGUGAAGGGGACAGCGAGACACUGAGGAGGGCCAUGGCCGUGGCCCAGCACCACGACGCUGUGUCAGGCACGGAGAAGCAGCAUGUCGCCAACGACUACGCCAAGAGGCUAGCCACCGGCUGGGCCCACUGCGAGCCACUGGUCAGCAACGCCCUGACGACGCUGAGCGGCUCGGAAAACCAGCAGACCUACUGCCUAAACCUCAACAUCAGCGUGUGUCCCGUCUCCGAGGGCCAAAACAAGUUCUCGCUGACCGUGUACAACCCCCUGUCUCGCUCCGUCAGCUGGGCGGUGCGACUGCCAGUCAAUGGCUCUCGCUACAGCGUGAGCGACCCCAGCGGGCGAGCAGUGGAAUCCCAAGUGAUUCCCGUUUCCAAGGAGACGCGCAGAAUCCGUGAGGACAAAGGCUACGCUGUGAACGAGCUGGUGUUCCAGGUGGAGGCUCCGCCUGUUGGCUUCAGAACCUAUGGUAUCUCCCUGGUCCCCAACAGCCCCGCCCCAGCCGGGCCAAGCCCAGUAGCCCCGCCCUUCAUUGAGAACCAGUACCUCAGGGUGACCUUCGACCCCGAGACAGGCCUGGUGAGCAGCCUCACGAACCUGGAGACCAAGCAGAAAGUGCAGCUCAAGCAGAACUUUUACUGGUAUAAUGCCAGUGUUGGAAACUCUGACAGUAGCCAGGCCUCAGGAGCCUACAUCUUCAGGCCCAACUCCUCCACCCCGCUGCUUGUCAAUUCAGCUGCGAAGAUUCAGGUGGUUCAGAACUCGCUGGUGCAGGAGGUCCAGCAGCAGUUCAGUCCGUGGGUCUCCCAGGUGGUGCGGCUGUACCGGGAAAGCAGGCACCUAGAGCUGGAGUGGACCGUGGGACCCAUCCCUGUGGAGGAUUCCUGCGGGAAAGAGGUGAUCACUCGACUGGAUACAAGUAUCAGCUCUUCUGGAUUAUUCUACACGGACUCCAACGGCCGGGAGAUGCUGGAAAGACUGAAAGAUUACCGCCCAACCUGGGAUCUGAAGCAGUCCGAGCCCGUCGCUGGUAACUACUACCCCAUCAACUCCCGCCUUUACAUCAAGGACAAGGAGAACCAGCUGACCGUGGUGACAGACCGCUCCCAGGGUGCCAGCAGCCUUCAAUCCGGCUCCCUGGAGAUCAUGCUGCACCGGAGGUUGCUACGUGAUGAUUGGCGGGGGGUUGGAGAGCCCCUGUCAGAGCCCGGCGACAACAACGAGGGCCUGGUGGUGCGUGGGCGGCUGCUUCUGCUCCUCACGCCGCCCGCGACCGCGGCAGACGCACACCGCCCCCUGUCGGAGGAGAUGGUACUGCAGCCGCUGCUGGCUCUUCAAGCUGCACAGCUGCACCCCAACCCCCAGCUGGAGUUCUCAGGACUGCAAGCCGCACUGCCCCCUGCUGUCCAUCUGUUGACAAUGUCCCAGUGGGACCAGGACUCUAUGCUGCUAAGACUUGAGCAUCAGUUUGAGGCCAAGGAGAGCGAGACGCAUUCUCAGACGGUCACCAUAAACCUGCAGAAGCUGUUCUCAACCCUGGAAGUGGUGGGCGUGUCCGAGAUGAAUCUAGCAGCCAAUCAGUGGAAAGAUGACAUGGAGCGUUUCGACUGGAAGACUAGCACAGGUGAGCAGCCACUGCCCCGAGCCCCGACUGACCCCUCACCAUGGGAGGUCACAUUGAAGCCCAUGGAGAUUCGCACCUUCCUGCUAAGGACCCAACGGAGAUGGCCAAUCCCCAGGACAGCCAGGCAGGGAUAGACAAUCGCGGACCAGCGGCAAGUCGGCAGACUCUUUAAAGCCGAUUCGUUUUGAGCCUGGCUGCUCACAUGGGCUGAGGGGCGCGGUUCCUCUGCCCGCUCCAAAUGCCAAAAAUCACUCGAGCGUUACCCUGUGGCAGCAAGUCUUUUAUUAAAUGAUGGAAAUUGUGUACGGCUGCCUUCAGAAUUUCAUUGGACUCAUUAUAAGCCACCUCCCACUGAAACGGAAAUCAACCUCGACCAGUGGUGUAAAUUUUGAUUCCCCGAAUAAGACUGAACACUGAAUCCACUGCAUUUCAUUUAUUUUUUUUUUAUUUUUUUGCUGUAACUGCUUCUCCAUGCCUGGGUGACUUUUGACUAAGCUGGCUUUCUGGCCCUGGAUGGCUCCAGUGAAAAGUCCACAUUCUUCUGUUUCAUAGACCCCUUUUACGGUCUGUCUGGCAGCAAGGAGAUCGUGUGUGUUAUUCGGGAAAUCUUCUUUUUCUGAUCCGUCAUCCUUUUGGUCUGAAGAACAAAAUGGUCAGUGCGAUGGUGAUUAUGGCUUUUGAAUUGUUUGAUAAAAUACACUGGUAUAUUUCUGUAUCUCGAUCCACAAAGUUGAAAUAAAGUCAGAUUUUUCGCAGUAA